UUGUUGAUUUAGAACACGCGAGCCAUUCACGCACAUCACGGAGGAGCAUGCUGCUCGCUUAAUUGCAUGUAUUGAUAUUAAGUUUUUUCAAAGUUUAUUGCAAAUUACAAAAGUUUAGAUAAUAUUAAAUAAAAAUGGAUAGUGAUAACAAUAACUCCCAGAUCGUAUGCCGAUUCUGCUUGCAAUACAGCAGUCAAAUGUGGCCGCUAGAAACGGUGUACAACAAGGAGAGAUCGUUCCUGGAGAAAGUGUAUCAAUGUGCACACAUUAAUAUCAUCGAUCUUGACGAACUACGCACCUGGGUUUGUGGAGGAUGCCUGGAGAAUAUCGAGAGGUUUUACAGCUUCCGUAAUAUGCUGCAGAGGAAUUUGGCGGACUUCAACGAGCGAUUUCGCGAGGAACAAAAAGAGCACCAACACGAGGCGGAUUGGAACGAUAACCAGCAGGUGGAAGUGCUUUAUAGUGAUUUUAGCGACUGUGAAGAUUGCUACGAGAUCCCGCCCACGGAUUCCGAGUACGACACGGAAAGCGAGGUGGGAGUACGGGAUCGUAAACCGGACGACUACGUGAGGAAAGGCUCGUACGAAGCGGCCGAAAUUGAGGCAGAGUUUGCGGAAAUCAUGACGGAGGACUGCAUGGGAUCACUGGCCAAGUUUGACCUCCCUGCCAUUGAGAGAAGGGAAGAGAUAGCACAAAACAGUUUGCCAUCGAGUAGAAAUAGGUGAUUAAAGCUGUCGCAUUUUUUGUUGAGUAGGAUUCUAUUGUACAAAAUUGUUUUCUUUCUGAAUAAUGUUACUCACUUAAUGUGUUUACCAAAAAAAAAUCUGUUAUAAUUUGUAUUAUGUAAUAAAGUGGUAAAUGCUACCUUA